AUGGCGUGUGCUCUUCAAUGCCGUAAACGUGUCGUCUGUUUGUCCUUUAACUUUGCUGUAUAUUCUCGAAGCAAGAAAUGUAAACUGCUGCAGGGGGACAAGUACACUUCUCCAAACAAUUUCCAACCAAGUCCUCUGUACCAUGAUCAUUACAGCAGAAUAGUAAGUACUUAUUAAAAGAUUGUUACCCUGUUUUGCGUAUGUGCGGUGUUUCAUGACACUUACUAGGAAAUUCCAUUCUCGCCCCCAACUCCUGUUGAUCCUAUAUUUUUGCAAUUGUUUUUAUUUUGUUUUUAUUUAUUUAUUUAUUUUUUAUUAUUUUUCUUGAAGGAGAAUUUUAUGCUUUGGGAUAGAUCAACAAUUUGGUUCAAAGAUUAAAGAAAAUAACACCUUUUUUAUUCGUUUUGCUUUCAGAGUCCGUGUGAAUACAACCCUUGCAAAGACAACACCACAUGUCGACCACUUUACAACGUGAAUGGUUUUUUGUGCGAAGUUGUCGAAGGACGAAUUAAAAAAGGUACGAUCAUAGUAACUAUUGGCGACAUCUUUUCUAGAGUGAAUGACACCGUUAAAAUUUUACUAUUUAAUCAUGAAUUGUGGUGCAAAUUUGUUGCAAAUUUAAAACUCCGCCUGUUUAUUUUAUUUAUUCAUUUUCGGUCACGUGGACCUUAACUAUUAGAAAAACUAGAAAGGUCCUGAAGGUCUGUUGCUGAAUCUUCAUGUCGUUCUCUCCUCCGCCGAAGCCUCUUCGUGUCGUAGAGAAGCUGGGGAGAAUGAACUGACAAACUGACAUUUUGAAAUACUUGGCUGUUUUGUUCGAUGUUUUGGUUUUGGGGUUGGUUUUUUGAUAAUGUUUGUUCGUUUGCUUUUUUAGUUUCUUACAUAGUGGAUAAUCAUUGUAUACUCUACUUUUAAGUAGAUUAAAAUGUUCUUUGCAUUUCUUGGACUGAAUUUGCUUCAUGUUUACAGUAGUUAGAGUUUUGGAUAAUAACAGACCUUAUGAAUGGCGUUUAGGGUUGGUCAGAAAUAUUCAAAAGCAUUAUUCAGCACUAUUUUGAUACCCAUCAUAUCAAAUUCGGUUAUUGACCAAAGACCGUCACAAAUUCCUUAAGGAUAAGGAUACAAAAUUUACGACUUCAAAAUGGUCUAUUCAAUAUUUUUUCUUGGCUGAAACACUUAGUGUGACAGUAAUUUUCCUUUUUUUUUUAGCUGUUUUUUUUUUUUUUUUUUUUUCCCCGCCCCUUUGGUUAAAAUGAAAAACGGGAGGGGGGUUUUUUGGUCCAAGAAUGUUUUUUUUGGCCGCUUCCAAUUACUUACCUAUGGGGACAUCUUUAACUUUUAAUCUUUUUUCAACGUCUGAAUUUUCACGGUCAAACCCAAAAAAUUUCCAUUUUGUUAUUUUUUUAAAAAACAUAAAAUAAAAUUGUGUGUUUGGACAAAGAAAGUAAAAAAUACUUUAAAAAUUAGAUUAAAAAAUUUACAACUUAAAAAAGGUUUUUUAAUUAUUUUUUUUUGGCUCAAAAAUUUUGUUUUAAAAUAAUUUUCUUUUUUUUUUUAGUUUUUUUUUUUUUUUUUUUUUUUUCAGCUGCCCCUUGGUUUAAAAUGAAUAACGAGAGUGUGUGUUUUGGUGCCAAGAAUGAUUCAUUCGGCAGCUUCAAUGUACUACACUAUGGGACCAUCUUAACAUUUAAGCUUGUUUCCAAGUCUGGAUAUGUCACGUGCAACUCAAAGAACUUACCGUAUGGCAGCCACUGGACAUGUAAUAACCAAGAAAGAAUCGGAACAAUAAUCACUAAUGCUGAAAACAAAGUAAUCUUCCCUCAUAAUUACAAGACUCACGUCUUUCACGCUACCAAGCUACAAUUGUAA